AGAACAGACAAAUCUAAACCAUUUAUGCGGUCCUUUAAGGGAACAGUUCCACCUUUGCUGUUGGUUUAAUCUCUAACUGAAGUCACAGGAAGAUUAAACUGAAGUCUGGUGUUUCAAUAUGAUAAGGACCUCAAAUGUGUUUCUCUGCAACAGGCUUGCUCAACUUAGACACACACACACACACACACACACACACACACACACAAACACAAACACCGUUAUUUUGGGACUACAUCUCCCAUAAUCCCCAGCUAGUAGUCAAUAGCCAGGGAUUAUGGGAAUUGUAGGCCAGCAUCUGCAGAAGGGCCAAAGCUGAGCAACCCUGCUCUACAACCACACCAAAUAGAUGAAGACAGACUAGAUGCAGCUAAAUCCAGACAAGAAGAAAAUGAGAUUGUAUAGGGCCCCUAGGUAUCUACGCCAACUGAGGUUGCCCAACGUUUCUUCAUCUCUCCACCCAUAUCAGCUGCUUGCUCGACUUGAGGGCAGAAGUUCUCUGAAAAAUCUUGAGCCUUGUCUUUUUGCUGAUGAAGGAUAUCCCAUUCAUGGAGAUGUUGUUGAAUUCCAUGGUCCAGAAGGAACAGGAAAAACAGAAAUGCUCUAUCAUCUUGUUGCUCGCUGCAUUCUUCCAAAAUCAGAAGGUGGCUUGGAGAUGGGUCUGCUUUUUAUCGAUACAGACUUUCAUUUUAACAUGCUGCGUUUAGUGACCAUUCUGGAACGCAGAUUGUCCCAAGGCACAGAAGAGAUGAUAAAGCAGUGUCUGGGGAGAUUUUUUCUUGUCACCUGCAAUAGCAGCUCUCAGCUGCUUCUCACCCUUUACACUCUGGAAAACAUGUUUUGCUCCCAUCCAUCCCUCUGCCUUUUGAUUAUUGACAGUAUAUCAGCCUUUUAUUGGAUUGACAGAGUCAAUGGAGGGGAGAACCUUAGCCUGCAGGAAGCAAACCUAAAGAGAUGUGCUCAGUGUCUAGAGAAGCUUGUAAAAGAGCAUCACUUGGUUUUGAUUGCAACAACUCAAACAAUCAUGCAGAAAUCCUUGAAUUUUGAUGAAGCUUCUGGAAAACACCAGAAGGAAACAGAUAGGGACUACCGGCCUUACCUCUGUAAGUCAUGGCAACAGCUGGUAACCCAUCGGAUCUUUUUCUCCAAACAGUGCAGCGCGGACAGCACCAAAGGAUUUUCCAUUACUGCUUGUCAUAUCCGAAAUAACAAUGUUGUAAAACGCUCAUUCAGCAUUACAGAAUGUGGAAUCCAGUUUUAAUAAUGGACUGCUUUAAAAAAAAUGUGGACAAAAUUUUGAUACUUUACAGUUUGAAUUUAAAUGUCAUUUUAAAAAAACAAACUUUUAAAUUUUUGUACAAAUGUUUCCUACCAUGUAAUAAAAGUGAAGAGUAUGUUGCUUA